AUGCUGAAACAAUGCAUUUGUGAUUCCACCGAGAAGCUUGCCGGAGGAGUACAAACUGAAAAGCAGGAGGGACCGCAAGUUCCUCAACAAUCUGUUCCUGAUACACCUAAAGAGCUUAAUGAGGAUACCAUUGAUCUUGAGGAUGUUACGGAUACUCGCUACAAGGUAGUUGACGUAGAUAUUUCUGGAAUUCCUUCGAGGAUACAUCUGGUGAGGCCAGAGGAAAGUGGAGAUAGACCAACUGUACCAUAUAUAGAAAAGUGUUUUUACUGUGUAACCUUCCUAAAGAACGGUGAGCCAAAAGCUAUUCUAGUUAAGGUAGAUGACGCUCAUGGAUCAUACAAAGAUAAAACUGGAUGUCGUGGUAAACCGGGUUGGAGUAAUACAAGUACUUAUAACUAUACGAAAAAGCUUGAAACCUUGAAAAUAAAUACAGAUCCUCCAAAAAAGUUUACUUUGGACAUCUCUUCUCUCAAGGAAGAUGAAAGGUUUAAGCUUGUAAAGGAAGAUCGGGAUGGUAUUGCCACUCUCUAUUACUCUUCACAACCUGGGCAUCUUAUAGAAAAGAUUGUGGAUGGAGAUUUGGAAGUGUGGACUGCCAGUGAUAAUCAAGUUUGCUAUUUCUGUGAACUCCAUUCCAAGGGUGACUCAAAGCUGCUAAGAAUGCACGCAGAGAAGGGCUAUGCCAUUAUAUUUGGCUGGUAUGAAAAGUCUCGUGGCAAAUGGAAUGUCAUAAGAGAGAAGGAAUUUUAUAAGAAGCUUGAGAUGAGUGAGGUUACUGCAAUAACAUAA